GGAAGUUAUUUUUAGGAAGGCAUAGAAUAGUUAUGUCCGCUCUGCCGCUCUACUUUCGCUUAAUUAGAUAAUCAACCGAAUGUGAUAAAAAAUAAUCCCGACAUAAUAAUAUCCAACUGUAAGCCCAGGCAGAGAUCAUCACUGUUGUAAAAAACCACCUCUAUGUUUCCAUAGGGCCUUAUCCAUGUAAACAAGACAGCCAUUCCGUAUACCAUGGAGAAGACACGGGAAGAAGAGCAGGCGGUGAUCAACGAAUCAGUGACGUGGGAUAGUGAUACCGAUAUCGAGAAUCCGCUUAACUGGCCGAACUGGCGAAAAUGGACGAACGUGGCGCUUAUUUCCAUGCAAGCGACGUUAUCGCCAAUUGCCUCGACUAUCUUAGCCAUAGGCGCAGAAGCUAUUGCGAGUGAUUUUCAUCUCACAGAUGCGUAUACGCCAGCUCUUCCUACCGGUCUUUAUGUCCUCGGUCUCGGACUAGGGCCCCUCGUUCUGGGACCAUGUUCCGAACUUUACGGGAGAAGGAUCAUUUACCUGUGUAGUUUUACUAUAUUCACGAUCCUGAACGUCGGAUGCGCACUAUCUCCAAAUAUCACCGCCCUUUCUAUUUUACGACUUUUGAGCGGUGUCGCUGGCUCUGCGGGGCCAAGUUUGGGAGCCAGUAGCGUCGGUGACAUGUUCCGGGUUGAGGAGAGAGGCAGAGCACAAUCGGCUUACUCGUUUGGUCCGGUCAUGGGUCCGGUGCUUGGCGGAGUUAUUGGUGGCUUCAUCGUGGACCGUACUCACGGCUGGCCCUGGCUUCUAUGGACCGUUACGAUCGCCUCAGGUGUUACAACUGCCUUUUCGGCGGUGUUCUUGAAAGAAACGUACGCGCCGUACCUAUUGUCGCGUAAGGCUGCUCGUUUAUCGAAAAUCAAUCGCGAUACGAAUUUACGGGUCGAGGGCGAAAAACAUGCAAAAGAUCUAUUCAGUCGAGCGAUUACGAGACCGAUCCGAUUACUUUUUACUUCACCUAUUUGUGCUUUUAUGAGCAUUUAUCUUUCUCUAAUUUACGGCAUAUUAUACCUUCACUUAAUAACUAUUUUACUUCUCUUCGGUCCAAAUGAAAUGUAUGGUUUGUACUCUUACCAUUGGACCGGUGGUAAGACUGGUCUGGCCUAUCUUGGCGCUGGUGUUGGCAGUCUUAUCGGUAUGGUCAUCACGGGAAAAUUCAUGAAUUCUUCAUUCGCUUCUGCUUUGGCGCGUCAGCAGCAACGUACGGGCUCUUCGAUCCCAACUCCCGAACUUCGACUUCCGUUUAUGCAAGUAGGCAUGACUAUUGUUCCUCUAGGGCUUAUUAUGUUCGGUUGGAGUGCUGGGCGUACCCACUGGAUCGUGCCUCUUCUUGGCGCAUGCAUUUUCGGUACAGGCAUGCUCAUGGGUUAUGUGUGUAUCCACACGUAUCUUGUGGAUUGCUUUGGCAAAUGGGCGGCUAGCGCCUUGGCUGCAGCCAUUGUUACCAGAUGUGCCAUCACAUGUGCGUUUUGUAUCGUGGGAUUCCAACUCUACAGGAAACUUGGUUACGACUGGGGCUCAAUGCUACUUGCAUUCCUUUGUAUUGCCAUGAUACCUAUUCCGUUUGUUUUGCAGAGAUAUGGUCCUCGACUCCGGGAGAGACAGAUUACUUUCUAGGAAUUAUAUGUAUAAGUCGCAUGUAAUCAACUAUAGGAUAUAGUUUAGUAAUGCGAUGUUGAUAUAUUCCAUUAAGGAGGAUUAUCUAAUCAUAAUAUUUCUAUUUCCCUCUAUGUAAACCUUCGCUAUUAAAUCUGCUGUGAGAAGGCAAUGAUGACUAAUU